CAUGGAGGCCCCUAAAGGACCCCGACUGCUCCAGCAAGCAGAGAAAAUCUUGCUGCAUCCCGUCCAUGCCAAUCUGAUCUCCUACUGCCCGACUAUGGACCUGGUUGCCGUUGUUACAGAUGAGGAGAACCUGGACGUGUAUCGAAUCAACGGCCAAAGAGCUUUUGGCGUGAAGAGAAAGAGCGAGGAUGUAGCAGUCGAUGCGAUGCAGUGGGAGGAGAACGGGAAGAGAAUCGCAAUUAGCUGGAGUGACGGGUCAACUGAUCUGGUCAGUGUGGAGACGGGCAAAGUGGGGCUUGGGGGAUUGACACUCGGUGUGGGGGAUGAUACCGUACAGGCCAGAGUGAAGUGUAUGGGCUGGGGGGUAAACUUCAUUGAUGUUGAGGGGGUCAAGAGAAGGAUAGGGAGUGGGAAGACGAACGUCGAUUUUGAUACACCGACGACUGAGGGUUGGGACGAUUUUAAGAACGACGCCACGCUCGAGGACUUUUUGCAGCGACAGCCGGAUUUGCAGAACUUGGACAUCGCGCCCGAUCUGCCUGAUCAGCUUGCCAUGAUGGAUAUGGAGACCCUCCUGCCGAAACUUCCUGCCAUUCCGCUACCGCCUGCGAUGCCGUUCAUGCGCGUCGCAAAAGCAGAUUCGGGGGCAUUUGGGAGUCAGGCUGAGGUUGACGCGCUGUUGCAUUCGCAUCAUCUGAAAGAUCAUAAUUCGGUGGACAUGUUCAUACGGUGUUCCGACCAGGGAACAGUACAUCCGUCGAUUUACGAUUCGCUUGAGACGGUCAGUGUGAGGUUGCCGACUGCGUGGAAUGUCGAAACAACGCCGAUGUUGCAUGCGAAUCAUCCGUAUAGCUGCACGCACGGUUUGCUCGUGCAGACUGCUACUAGGACAAGGCAGAAACACAUCGCCUUUGUUCCGCUGACACUGAAUUUCAUACCGAGCGCGGGCAUCUAUCUGCACCUCAUCGCCUCGAAGACAUCGCAGCUGCAGAACCUGAUGCUGUACAUGACGCAGUGUCUGCAGCGUAUACGCACUUUCUUCAAGCACGCACAAGACCUGCCCUCGAAAUUCAUGAUGAACAUCUCAGAGACGCUCGAGGAGAAAGGCCAAGGCGAUCUUGUGACGAAUCUCUUCCACAUAGCAUGCACGGGCAAUUGUCCCCCCUUGGUCCGCGAAUGGCUCGUCGACGAACUUGCUGAGCAGGGCCACAAGCGAUGGGACAACAUCGUUACAUCCAGUCUCACCACGCUCCUUGCUCUCGUGCACGAGAAUCUCAUCCCGGCAAUCGACCGCUGCGCCAUAGUCAUCUCGCGACUCCGCGGCCUGGCACAAUUCCACGAUCGAGACUGGAUCUUCAGCUGCCCGAUUACAGACUUUACCGCCCUCGUCGAAACACUGAAAAGCAUGCGUCUUCUAGCUCACACCGUCCUCCUCUACGCUGCCGAUGAGAAGCGCCAGUUCCACGCUUUCAGCAAGUGGCUGCGCUUCUGCAUCGACUACGAAGCCACGGAGCCAGAGUCGCAGUCACGCGCUGAGAUGGAGAUGCGGGACCCGGGCGUUGAUAUCGGCAUGGUGCUCGAGUACAUUCGCUACGGGCUUACAAAAUCCAGUCUCUCGCCGCACCUAAGGCCUGAAGCGCAGUUGAGCUCCGAACAGAGAGGCCAAGAGGUAGCGAGUUACGAGGACACACGGAAAGCCAUCGAGCUGUCAAAAGAGGGCGCGGGAUUUAAAGAAGAGGCACUAUGUCUGGAGUUUGUCGCCGGGCACCUGGGAGAGGGCGUGACAAAGUUGCUGAAGCAGGUGAGCCAGUGGCAGGAAACUAACACACAGAUGGACUGUGGCAUCGUCCUCGAGGAAACACACGACACAGAAGACCUAAUAGCCGACAUGCGUAUGCUGUCCGAGCUCUCCCGCCCCGCAAUAUCAACCUACAUCGCCCUCUGCUCCCCCUCCUCCCCAGACACCCUCCACAUCCACCGCCUAACCCACACCCCCCGCCUGACCUCUCUUCCGAAAGACCUCCACAGCCACUCCACCUCGACGCUCACUUUCCCGCAAGACACAAAGAUCAUCGAUGCGAAAUUCGCAGACGAUACCACCAUCCUCGUACUCCUGCACUGCUCGUCCCCAGACUCAAAUCUCAUCCUCGCUUUACCCUACACGUCAACACCAACACCAUCAUCAACAUCCGCACCCACGCCACUAAUAUCAUACACUCCCACCCCCCACCCGCCGCACACACUCCCCCACGGCGCCCCUCCACCCCCGAGCUCCCGCGCAAAAACACACAUCACACCGCAAAUCAUCGAAAAGCACACUCGGCACGUCUUCGAGGGCCGGUUCACGCCGCUGAAACUCGUGGUCAACGGGCGGAAAGGCAGGCGGGUGAUUGUGGUGCUGGGUAGCGAUAGGAAGCACUACCGGGUUCUGGAUAUGGACUUUGCGGCGAGAAAAGAGGGCGGUGGUGAGGCGGAGACGGGUGACGUCGGAGAGAGUAGUGAGGGCGAAGAGGGUGCUGACAGGGACGGGGAUGUUGAUAUGGGUGGAGCUUAG